AACCGAAAAACAAUGUAUGUCCGUUUUGCGGUUAAUAGUAAGCAGUAUCAUAUACACGAUUUUGUUUGAUUCAAUAACGUUCUUAAAAAAAUAAGGAUCAGGGGGAAUUCGAUGAAUCCGGUACUCUGUCGAAGAAGGCUUUGUUUCCCCCCGGAGCGUUUAUGAUGUCAUCCCUCUUGGCUUGCAACUUCGGUCUGCUGUGAUGUACAGAUCAAUACUGUCUCUGCGAACCGUUCGUGCUUCGCCGUGUGUGUGGCCCGGCGCUUCUGCUUCAGCGCAUCGUGAGAGAUGUCUGGUCGGUGGCCGUUCCUUCACCCCUCACCAGCACGAACGCCGUCCCCUCGCUUCGAUGCAGGAACGCACAGUAUGGACCACACUUAGGGUGCACAGCCAGCUGCUAACUGGAGCCCACCAAGACCGCUCCAAUGAAAACCGCUCCAAUGAGAAAUUCUCCCUGAUCUACAGGCUUCCAGCCAUCAGGGUCCUCAGGGCAGUGUCCCGACUCAAGCUGCUCCAGACUGGGAUCACCGUGGUUACGCUGCCUCCUGUAUACUACCUGUUCUCGCAGGGACUGUGCUCCGGCACCCUCGUCAGCUACGCCACAGGCGUUGCUGUCUUUGCCACCGUGAUGCUGUUCUCUUUGAGCCACUACCUCCGGCACAUCAUCGGGAUGAUGUACAUUAACAACUCUAAAACCGUCCUGAAGGUAUCCCACCUGACCUUCUGGGGUCAAAGACGGGAUCAGUAUGUCCCGGUGGCGGAUAUCAUGACCCUCGGGGAUACGGGGGACCCCCACAAUGAGAUGUUGCUGCGGUUUAAGCGCUACAGCCACCCUGAGGUCCUGUACUUCACCAUUCGCCUGGGACAGGUUGUGGACAAACGGGCAUUCGUGGAAGUCUUUGGUCCUGUCCCCUGACACUCCAAAGAAAGCAUUGUUUUAAAAUGGUUUCCCGGUGAAAGGCGAAGGAUCGGCAGAAUGAAACACUUGACUUAAUCUGUCGGAGGAAAACUGCCACUAUCCAGUAUUGCAGUGACUAGAAUCGUGGAUGUUUUGGCUGGGAAUGCCUGUAGCGGUGCUGCUCUUUGGCAUUUCCUUACGGCCCAGCUUUGCAAAUCGUUCUCCGGCCGGGAGGCUGAUCUGUAGCCGCCGGGUGAAGAUGCCGAAAAAGAACAGGACCUGUCUGGGUCGGGGGCUGGACCUCUGACACUGUUUGCAUAUAGUGGUGGUAUGUAAUAUAGUGUUGAAAAAAGGCCUUCUUGUGUGCUUAAUUAGAUCAGUGUAUGAAUUAAAGAUUAAUUUAACCCAAA